AUGCCUCGGCAAGGAGCGUUCUCCGUGGUGGCGCGCGUGUCGGACGCGCAUGCGGAGCAGAACGGCGAGCAGCGGCAGGAAUCGAACCAGCGGACGCCACUGGUGGUGCGGAUGACGGCGGGGCUCAAGCACACGUACUCCGCCUGCAACGACGCCUCGCGCGCCCACAUCGCCGCCCACCAUCCCUCCUCAAACCCCGCGCCCGCCGCGCCUGACCAACCCGCAGCUGGCGAGUAUGGCUCGCCGGAGGGCGGAGCGGGUGACGGCGAGCGGGCGGCGCGCGUGGUGCUGACGAAGCCGUCGGAGGCGGCGGGGAACGAGGGGUGGGACAACGCCAACUCCGACCUCAUUCUCUCCACGGGCCUCGUGCUGCACGGCGACCCCGGCACCCCCAGCUACGUGGUGCGGGACGUGUUGGGGCAGGGCACGUUCGGGCAGGUGGUGAAGUGCGAGUGCGGGGAGACGGGCGAGGUGGUGGCGGUGAAGGUCAUCAAGAACCAGCCCGCGUACUACCACCAGGCGCUCGUUGAGAUCAGCAUCCUCCGCCUCUUGAACGGGUCGUAUGACCCGCAGGACGAGCACCACAUAGUGCGACUGGUGGACCACUUCGUGUGCCACAGCCACCUCUGCAUCGUCUUCGAACUCCUCACCUACAACCUCUUCGAGCUCAUCCGCCAGAACCAGUUCCGCGGCCUCUCUCUCAAGCUCGUGCGCCUCUUCACCAAACAGCUGCUGGUGGCGCUGACGGUGUUGGAGGAUGCGCGCGUCAUCCACUGCGACCUCAAGCCCGAAAACAUCCUCCUCAAAAGCUUGGGCGGAGAGAUCAAGCUCAUCGACUUCGGCUCUGCAUGCACUGAGAAUCGAACCGUGUACUCCUACAUCCAGGCCUUUGCCAUGCCCCUCACUGCUGCGUCCCCCCAUGUAUCCCCCUACUACCACCAGAGUCGGUUCUACCGGUCGCCGGAGGUGGUGUUGGGGCAUGCGUACGGCACGGCCAUCGACCUGUGGUCGCUGGGCUGUGUGGCGGCGGAGCUCUUCCUCGGCCUGCCGCUCUUCCCUGGCGCCUCCGAGUUUGACAUGCUGCACCGCAUGGUCGAGACCAUGGGGUCCGUCAGUCACUGCCCCGCACGCACACUCACUCGUUUUGGUCCGCCCGAUGCCAUGUUGAGGCGUGCCAAGCACACGGCCAAGUACUUUGUGCGCACAGCAGAUGGGGGGGGCGGGGGGGAGGAUGGGCGCGGUUCUGCAUACCGCCUGAAGACGGUGGAGGAGGUGGUGGCGGGGGGGGAGGCACGGCCAGCGCUGGGGAAGCGCUACUUCCGCCAGACGGCACUGAGCGACCUCGUGCUGGGCUAUGCGCUGCGGCGCGGGGAAGGGGCGGAGGAGGCGCGGCAGGAGCGGGCGAGCCGAGUGGCGUUUGUGGACUUCCUCUCAGGGCUGCUCCACAUGGACCCCGCCCAGCGCUGGACCGCCCGCCAGUAUCACCUACUCCACCCCACAUCGAUCCCUCCCUCGUACUGGCAGGCGGCACAGCACCCAUUUAUCACGGACGAGCCAUGGAUGGGGCCUUUCCAGCCACAGCGCCAGGUGAGCUCACCUCUUCCUUCCGCACCUCACUCCUCCCGCUGCUCUGCAAUCGCUCUGCCUGACUGCGUCUUGCAACUCACUCCCGUGGUCAACACGUGCAUCCCCCCAUGCGUCUCAUCCCCGCUUCAACCCGCCCCGCAGCACCAGCACGUGGACGCCACCGAGGCCGCUCAGCUGCAGCCGCUGCACAGGGAGGGUGCCUCGCGCCUCGCGCAGCAGCAGCAGCAGCAGCAGCAGCAGCAUGCGCGUGUGCUGCAGCACAGGCAGUCGCUAGGAGCUCAGGAAGCAGGGCGGGGAGGGGCGUUGGAGGGUGGCAUAAUGGCAGGCAGCCUGGGCGGGGCAGCGGGCGUGGGAGCAGCACUGCCGCCCGCUAUGGCUCUGUCUGGACCUGCUCCUGCUGCCAUGCCCGCCGCCCUUGCUCCUGCUGCUCUGGCCAUGGGUGCAGGCAUGGGGCCAGGCAUGGGAGCAGCAGGCAUGGGCGAAGGCGGAUAUGGGAGCAUGGGGGGGUAUGGCGUGCCCCUCGGGCUGCCCCACAACUACGGCCCUCUGGGCGCCAGUGUGGGCUCCUACGGCAGCCUUGGCAGCCUUGGCAACAGCUUUGGCGCCAUGGGGGGUUUGGGAGGCAUGGGGAGUGUGGGGGGCAUGGGGGGCGUGGCGGGCAUGGGAGCGAUGGGAGGGAUGGGGGGCGUGGGGAGUCUGGGAGGGGUGGGCAGUCUGACAGACCCCACAGGCUCCUACAUGGCGUAUGCUGCGCACCUGGCUGCGGCAGGGCAGGGGGCGGACUUGGGGUCAGGGUCGUUUGGAGCAGCGGCAGGAGCAGCAGCUGCGGGAGGUGGUGGAGGGCUGGGGUUAGGAUUAGGGUUAGGGUUUGGGCAGAGCCCGGACACACGGCAGCUGCUGCCUGCGCUGGCCAGCAUGAAUCAAGCGGCGCAGCAGUGGCAGAUGGGUCAGCUGGGGCAGGCCGGGCUGGCGAAUCAGGCAGCUGCCACCCUUGCAGCCCCCGGCGCCGUAUCUGCUGGCGGCAGGCAGCAGGAGAGGCGGGGCAGUGGUGGGGGGAUGUGGCAGGGCAUGGGGAAUGAGGGUGCGUAUGUGCUCUUGGGGCAAAGCCCUGGCGGGCCUUUCCUGGACGGGGCAGGGCGAGGGGGAGGGGGGUACUGGGGGGGGAGGGACGGCGAAGUGGCAGUGAGCAGCAACUCGCUGCUGGGAGCCAGUCCGUUGCAGUUCACCCCUCCCUCCCACUCGCGCCACUUCCCAUCCUCCCACUCGCACCAGCACCAACUCCAACAGCAGCAGGGUGGGCGGCAGGGACACCUACAGGUGCGUGUGAGUGAGCCCACAACGCCCUCCUCCCCCACCACCUCUUCGCCUCACUUCUCCCCGUCCUCGCUCCACCCUGACUUCUCCUCCCCGCUGGCCCGAGGGUCCGUGGGGCAGGCGUCCUCUCUGGGCCCCAGCGGCACCACCCACCCUACCAGCCACAAUCCGGGCGCAGGGCUGCCCUCCCCCGCUGCUAGAGGGCUGGUGGGCGCAGGGGCAGGGGGGAUGGGGUUGAGUGUUGGCAGGGGCGGAGCGGAAGGGGGGAUUGCACUGGAGAAGGCGGCUGUGAUGGGACAGUUCCAGAGGCGGCAGAGUGAGGGGGGUGCACAGCUGCCAGAAUCUUGGGAGGCAGCUGCUGGUGGUGCUGGUGGUGGUGAGGGUGGUGGUGGUGGCGAGGGUAUAGCUGGUGUGAGCCUGGGGCUGGGGCUGGGGCUGGCGCUGGGCUCGCACUACAGCAGCAAUGGCAGGAGCGAGGAGAGUGGGCACACAGCAGUAGGCGUGACGAGUGACGCGCACGAGGGGAAAAGGGGCGAAGGGGAGGGAGGGGGAGGAGGAGCGGGGUGGGAGAGGGGAAAGAGCAGUUCAGCAGGCGAGGGGGAUGGGCCUGCGGAGUGGGACCCAUACUUCUGUGAUGACCUGCUCCUGCACCCCCCACAACCCCACCAGCCCCCCUCCACUGCUGCUGCUGGUGGGAGUAGGGCCACGGCGGAUGGGGGAAUAGCUGCUGCUGCGCCUGGGGGCAAUGGAGGGGCGGCAGCGGGGCGGGGCAGUGGGGGGUCACUGGGAGCCAUGGACUGCUCGCCUCUUGCUGCUGCUGGCGCCUUCAUGUGGUCUCGCCCCUCUGCCACGGCCAGUGGCUCGUCCGCCCCACACCACUACCGCGCUGUCACUGACCACCCACACGCCCUGCCACACCACACCGCUGCCGCUGCUGCUGCUGGCGGUGCAGCUGCCACACACAGUGAGAGAUGGCGGGGAGGGGAGGAUGAGGGGGAUAGCAGCGCAGAGGGAUUGGCGGGAAUAGAUGGAGAGGUGGAGAGCGGUGCGGAGCCCAUGGGCAUAUCUCCAGUGCAGGCAGGGCAGCUGGGUCACUGGUCUGCCGCUGCUGCCGCCGCUGCUGCUGCUGCUGUGGCAGGCCAGCAGGGAGGAGGCGGGUGGGGUGGUGGCAGGGCAGGGGGGCCUGCACCAGGGGGCAGAGGGAUGGGAGGAGGCAUGGGGUUGGCAGAGGUGGCAUGGCUUGGGUAG